CUUUUGGUGAGAGUUACCUUGUAGUCUGGCCCAGCGGUGUGACGGCCCAAAGGCUUGUCCAUGGAGGCCCAUAUACACAUCAGAUCAGAUUACACCUCCCCCCUUCCCGCACGUCACUCUGCUUCGACCACGCGCCGACGACCGACCAUGCUUCUUCUUCCUCCCAGCAGCAGCAGCUGGACAAUGCCAGCUCCUCCAGCCCUCCGCUCCCCGCGCGCGCCUAUCUCUCCACGGACGGAAUCACCCAGACGACAUGCCAUAGCACGGUGUGACACUUCACGGAGCACGCCAAGAAUAUCUGAAACUGAAACUGAAGCUACGCUUGCUCAACCUUCAGCAGCUGUCCAAGGUGGUACCGCCCCUCUGGUUCAGGCACUGAAAUCAACUGCAGCCCAAGACGUGUCCUGCUUUCACUUCCCUGGACACAACCGAGGGAAAGCUGCUCCGUCAUUGUUGUCAAACCUUAUUGGCGCGGAGACGUUUUCGCAUGACUUGCCCGAGCUACCUGAGCUCGACGACCUCUUCUACCCCAAGGGUGUGAUCUUGGAUGCUCAGAACAGGGCAGCUGAACUGUUUGGGUCAUCUAAAACAUGGUUCCUGAUCAACGGGAGUACCUGCGGAAUCCAGGCCGCGGUGAUGGCCACCUGCUCCCCCGGUGACUACAUCAUUAUACCUCGGAACUGUCACAUUUCAGUGAUCUCCGCCCUGGUUCUGUCCGGCGCUGUGCCCAAGUAUAUAGUACCAGAGUACAAUUCUGCAUGGGACAUUGCUGGUGGUGUUACGCCGUCACAGGUGGAUAAAGCGCUGAAGGAGCUUGAGAAGGAUGGCAAGAAAGUAGGUGCUGUUCUUGUUACUUCACCGACCUACCAUGGCAUAUGCAGCGAUGUGCAAGGUAUCGUCGAUGUUUGCCGUCCCUUACACAUUCCGGUUAUAGUUGAUGAGGCUCAUGGUGCACACUUCAGGUUCCAUCACAGUUUUCCAAGCACGGCGAUUGAGCAAGGUGCUGACUUAGCUGUGCAAUCCACACACAAGGUUUUGAGCUCUCUUACACAGUCCUCGAUGCUUCACAUGGCUAGAGGUCUGGUUGAUGCAGAUAAAGUGAGUCAAUGCCUCCAGUUGCUCCAGAGCUCAAGCCCAAGUUACCUCCUACUGUCAUCAUUAGAUGCUGCAAGAGCUCAGUUAAGCGAGAACUCGAAAUCUUUUGAUGAACCGGUGGCUAUGGCUUUAGAAACAAAAGAUCAGCUGAUGGUAAUCCCAGGGUUAUCUGUGCUGGACUUGUCAUGCUUUGCUUCUGACUUCCCUGCCAUUGAUCCUUUGCGUGUCACACUAAGUGCUUCAGAUCUACAUUUAUCUGGAUACGAAGCAGAUGACAUUUUGGAAGAGCAUCAAAUUGUAUCUGAGCUUGUCGGAACACAGGCGGUGACGUUUGCAGUCAACUUAGGGACCAGCAGGCAAGAUGUUCAAAAGCUUGUACAGUGUGCAAAACAUCUCUCAGAUAAAUACAUGUCUGCAAACGAAUCGAGAUUUAGUAAGCAUAACUAUGUUCGUAGCCCAUUGGAUAAGUUCUCUGUCAAGCUGAGUCCAAGAGAGGCCUUCUUUACAAAGAAAAGGAGAGUGUGCAUUGAGGACAGCCUUGGGGAGAUUUGUGGUGAGCUCAUCUGCCCGUAUCCACCAGGUAUCCCUGUGCUGAUACCCGGUGAGGUUGUAACUCAGGAUUCGCUGUCUUAUUUAAUAAACGUCAGGGACCAGGGCAUGACAAUCAGUGGAGCAGCUGAUGGUGAACUCAACUCAAUCAUGGUAUGCAACUUGUGAUGAUUAUUCUGCCAAUUCAAGAUAACUAUGUGGCAGAGAUAUUUCGAUGGUUCACAGGACUCAUGAAUCAUGAUGCUUCUGUAUAGUAUGAGGGACGAUAAGCACGCAUCAGCCCAAGCAGAGGCUUCUUUUCUGACAGAUAUGGACAAAACUUGUCUAACGGAACAACCGACUGCCUGCUUGGCCAGACAUUGAGAGUACAUCUCGUGAAGGAAGAGUUAGCUGUCAAGCUACAAGACGAUGCCAAAAUUGAAGUAGGGUCUAUGGCAUGUGGCCUCCUGUGAGUUCGAAGCAUAAACCAUUGAAGUGGCAACCUUUUCCUGUGAAGUGCCUUGGAAUGUAAUGAUAUGCUGCUUUUGUCCAUAGCUCUCUUCAAGAGAAGAGGCAAAUUAGCCACCAAGUAACAGUUCCUGUGUUCUCCUUUC